AUGCCCUCACCUCGUUUGCAAGGAUAUGCCAGUAACGAAAACAACACGCAGGGAGGUGCCGUGCUCGGUGGGAACAUCAAAGCAACGCGCGAUGUCAAUAUCACUCAUAUCACAACGCUUCAGCCACUGGCCCGGUCGCUUCAUAGAUCCCUCUUCAUCGCUCCCGACAUUUUUAAGCAGAUUCAACGGGAGCUUAGCGACUUGAUCGUUAUUCUUGACACAACGGAGCAUAAUUCCACGGAGUUCCAGUCGACUAGACCCCACUUUAUAAUCCUUCAAACCAAUCUACAAGAGUGUCGCGAUGCCCUCCUGGAGUUGCAGAGAAUGAAGGACCAUUUCGAUAGCGUUGGGUCGGCUACGCAGGUAACUUGGGAAAGAAUGGGCUGGCAUGAGAACGAACUGGCAGCUAUCAGGAGUCGAAUUGAGUCCCACGUCCGCGCCUUGAACCAAUUAAAUACAGCUGUAAUGAUCUCUUCACACACCAACACCAAGCGCAUGCUCGAAGCUUUUAUUGAUGAGAUCCGUAACGGUUCUCGAGAUAAAUCCAUGAUAUCAUGUGACUCUCUCCACCAAGAUGAGAGGGACAGUUGGAGGAUGGUACGAAAGGAGCUACAGAGCCUCGGCAUUACCCCCGAGAUCUUCUUGCAGCAUCAAGUCAUGAUCAUCUCGACGCUAAAAUCAGCUUUGGGCGAUGAUUCACCUGAGGAUGUCUCACACUUUACUGCGGAAACAGACAUAGAAUUGGAUGAUAUUGGGCUAUGCAGUAGUGCAAAGACGUUGCCAGUUUCUCCCCGUUCUAUCCUGAUGUAUGACUAUUGGAGGACCUGGGUCCAAUUGAAUGCGCGGGACGAGGAACUUGGUACCAUGGACAUUUGA